AUGCUGUCACUUGCGCGGUUUGUCGGCGUACUUGCCCUCAUCGCUCCCGUUGCGCAGACCGCGCCGACUAAAGAAUUUUUUGCAGAGACUAAGGGGAACUGCAGCAAGGUCCAAGUAGCCGUUCUCGGUGCUGGCCUCGCAGGAAUUACGGCUGCCCAAACACUGGUAAAUGCGUCCAUCACAGAUUUUGUCAUCGUUGAGUACAAUAAUCGGAUUGGUGGACGCGUUUACAACCGACCCUUUGGAAAGAAGCCGGGUACGAAUGAGUCCUAUUUUGUAGAGCUUGGUGCGAACUGGGUUCAAGGAACGGAAAGUGAAACAGAGGAAAAUCCGAUUUUGACUCUGGUUAAGAAGCACAACCUGAGAAACACGCUUUCUGACUUCGACAAUGUUACAGCCUUCAACGAGACUGGCCAAUUAUGGCCUGGAGAAUGGACAGACAAGUUUGACAAGUUGGAUGAGUUGUUCGUAAAUGUCACGAGGAAGUACGAGUACGACGCUGGCGAAAUCAUCCUGAAGAAUCAGCAAGAUCGCAGUGCCCGUGCCGGUCUCGCAAUCGCAGGCUGGAAGCCGGGCAGUGACCCGCUGGCACAAGCUAUCGAAUGGUCUUCCAUAGACUUCGAAUAUGCUAAUCCACCGGAGAAGACGUCCCAACAGUACUCCGUAGUCAACACCAACACAUCGUUCAAGCGCUGGAAGGAUGACAACAACCUGGUGCACGACGAGCGAGGGUUUGCCACAUUCUUCCAGGAAGAAGCGAAGCGCUUCCUAAACGAGACAACCCAGCUGAGGCUUGGGACUAUCGUCCAGAACAUUACCUACUCUGACGACAGUGUCACAGUGCAUAAUGGGGACGGCACUUGCAUCGUCGCCGACUACGCCAUCUGCACGUUUUCGCUGGGUGUCUUGCAGAAGGAGGUGGUUAACUUCUCGCCAGAGCUGCCGCUUUGGAAACGAACGGCCAUCCAGUCAAUGACUAUGGGUACUUACACGAAGAUCUUUAUGCAAUUCAAGCCAGAAGACGUGUUCUGGGACAAGAGCACACAAUUCUUUCUGUAUGCCGACCCAGUGCAGCGAGGUUACUAUCCCUACUUCCAGUCACUGGAUCACAAAGACUUUGUGGACGGCUCCGGCAUCAUCUUUGUCACCGUCGUCGACCAGCAAUCUUACACCGUGGAGGCUCAGGACUUUGAUACUACGAAGAAACAAAUCAUGGACGUUCUGAAGGACAUGUUCCGAAAAGAGAUUCCCGAACCCAUUGACUUUUAUUAUCACAACUGGACUCGCGAACCUUGGGCAUACGGGUCUUACUCGAACUGGCCUCCGGCCCUGACGUUGGAGAUGCAUCAAAACAUCCGCGCCAAUCUCGGAAACUUGUGGUUUGCUGGCGAGGCCACUCACCCGCAGUACUUUGGCUUCUUACAAGGUGCAUAUUACGAGGGGAAGAACGCGGGUGAAGCUGUUUCUGGGUGCAUCAAGAACAAGGAUGACUGUGUGAACCUGAGAUCGGUGGCGUACGAUGUGUUAAACGGAACGACAAGCACCGAUAAGUACACAAAGGUGAAUGGAUGGAGCACCAAGACUUUUGUAAAGGAACUUGGCAUAAACAUCAAGAGGUACUUGGGCUUAUUGAAAGAGUAG